UGCCCGCUUUGUUGUUGUUGUUGUUGUUGUUGUCGUGGCCUGUGAGCCAUCGCCAUGUCCAUCACCGCUAUCCCGCCGCGGUGGCUGCACUGCCCGCGGAGAGGACAGCCCGUGGCGGGAAAAUUUUUGCCACUGAAAACCAUGUUAGGAGCCAGAUAUGAUGAUCAAGUUCCAGAAGAGAAUCGCUUUCAUCCAAGCAUGCUUUCAAAUUAUCUAAAAAGUUUGAAGGUGAAUAUGGGAUUGUUGGUGGAUUUGACAAACACAAGUCGGUUUUAUGACCGAGCUGAAAUAGAGAAAGAAGGAAUUAAAUAUGUAAAACUACAGUGCAAAGGACAUGGUGAAUGUCCCAGUAAAGAAGUCACAAACAUGUUCAUUCGGCUAUGUGAACACUUCAUAUCACAGCACCCAUUGGAAUUAAUAGGUGUACACUGUACGCAUGGCUUCAACCGAACUGGGUUCCUUAUUUGUGCUUAUUUGGUAGAGAAGAUGGAUUGGAGUGUUGAAGCAGCAGUUGCCAGUUUUGCUCAGGCAAGGCCACCUGGCAUUUACAAAGGGGAAUAUUUGCAGGAGCUAUUCUGCCGCUAUGGUGAAUUAGAAGAGGCUCCUCAGCCACCAGAGAGGCCUGACUGGUGUUAUGAAGAUGAUGAUAAUAAUGAUGAUGAUGAUGAUGGAUGCAGGAUCAGUAGGGAUUCAGAACCUGGCUCAUCAGGUUCCCACCCAUGCAAGAGGAAAAAAGAACGUCUCAAAAUGGGAGCAACGUUUCUGGAGGGAAUGCAAGUUAGAGGUGUGACACAAGUGACAAUCCAACCCAAACUGGGUGCAAUACAACUAAAGUGUCAGCAGUGCUGUGGAUGGGAAGGGUCCGGAUUUCCUGGAGCCCAGCCUGUUUCCAUGGAUAAGCAAAACAUAAAAUUUAUUGACCAGAAGCCAUACAAAGUCAGCUGGAAAGCAGAUGGUACACGGUAUAUGAUGCUUAUUGACGGCAGAAAUGAAGUUUACAUGAUUGACCGAGACAAUUCAGUUUUUGAACUAGCAAACCUCGAGUUCCCUUUUCGGAAGGAUCUUCGAAUUCAUUUGACCAGCACCCUGCUGGAUGGGGAAAUGAUCAUUGACAAAGUAAAUGGACAAGCUGUUCCUCGAUACUUGAUAUACGACAUAGUGAAAUUUAGUGGAAAGCCAGUUGGAGACUGUGAUUUUAAUGUUCGACUGAGCUGUAUUGAGAAGGAGAUAAUACAACCAAGGCAUGAAAAAAUGAAGACCGGGCAGAUUGACAAAACGCGGGAACCGUUUAGUGUCCGAAACAAGCCAUUCUUUGACAUCCAUGCUGCAAGAAAGUUGCUGGAAGGAAGCUUUGCCCGUGAAGUCAGCCAUGAAGUGGAUGGAUUGAUUUUUCAACCAACCGGGAGGUACAAACCUGGCCGAUGUGAUGAUAUAUUGAAGUGGAAACCGCCAAGUCACAAUUCUGUUGACUUUCGUCUGAAAAUAACAAAAGUAGGGGGAGAAGGGUUACUGCCACAGACAUUUGGACUAUUGUACGUUGGCAAAUACGAACAGCCUUUUGCACAGAUGAAGGUGACCAAAGAACUGAAACUUUAUGAUAACAAGAUCAUUGAAUGCAAAUUUGAGAACAACUCCUGGGUUUUUAUGCGACAAAGAAUAGAUAAGAGCUUCCCAAAUUCAUAUGACACAGCUAUGGCUGUCUGCAGCAGUAUCUCACACCCAGUCACAAAGGAAUUUCUGUUUGAGUUCAUUGAAAAGAAUCAAAUGCAAUCCCAAGGAGAGAAGAGGAAAAGAUCCCUGGAUACAGACUCUGAGCUAAUGCCGCCACCACCUCCAAAGCGACCAAACCACACUUUGUAAACUCUGCAUCUCUGUACAAAAUUGAAACUACAGUCACAUUGUUUUUGCAGGUCUGCAUAUGCUGAGAUCAAAACUCUUCUUCCCCCCCAAAAAAAACAAUUUUAAAUCGUGUCUUAAGCAUAGGUUGAUUUUCUCCUGAUACUUUGUUUCAAUAAAUUGUAAAAUUAAAAAUUCAUUAGUUAUUCCGAAGUUAUUUUUUUAUGAAUUUCUUCUUUACACUUUUGUGAAGAUUCAUGGAUUGCCUAAGUUUUGAGGGAAUAUUGUGAGCUAAUUUUUCACUAAUGUAUUGGAAGUUUUAUUCUCCAUUUUACACGCACAACAGACUAGAAAUAUUUAAAUAUUUCUUCUGUGGAGAAAAAUCAUGCUUUUCUUGUUUGCUAUUAUUUUUCAUAAUGUAGACUAGUUCACCCAAAGCUGACAAUACAGAGAAGCCGGUAAGGGUUUCCUACUUUUGCAGUCUGUCGUGGAUGUAACAUGGAGACUAAAUCCUCAAACCCUUUUCUACUUUUUUUUAAAUGUGAUAUUCUUUGUAGUUUUAAUAGAUGGAUUUUGCAGGCCACCAAAUAGAAGAAUCCCAUCUGUUAAAUAAGUUUAUUUUGCGUACUAAGGCAGUAGAGGAGCAAGGGGGAUAUCUUGUAUUACAAAACAUCUUGCUACCAUCAAUUUUCCUCCUCCCCUUUCCGAACCCCAAACCCAGUUGUGUGUUUGCUUUUGCUUUAAUUUAAGUAAUCUCAGCAUAUAAAACUAGGUUUUGCUUUCCAUUCUUCUCCCACACCUUUUCCCAUUCAUGUUUUCGCUUUAAAAUUGUAGAGGACUUGAUGUAAACAUUUGCAAUAAGUGUCAGUAGAGACACCUUGCCACUUGCUUAAAAUGGAAUGUAUUGGAUUAUGUACGUUUUAAAAGAAUUUUGCUGCAUCUUUUUGUCUGUUAAUUAAAAGAAAAUGUGUGUUUUGAGCUUG